GAUUGGUCGAAAAUUUGAAAUGUUUUCUGUAUCGCAAACAGUAUCGUGAAAGCUCUGACGUUAAGGUUGUUGUUGGUGUCGUGUGUUGAUAACAAAAACAUUUUAUUCGUUGUUAAGUGUGGACAGCAAUUGUGUAUCUUCAAAUGAUGUCCGCAAUGAGUUCAAUGUCAAAUGUGGAGAAUUUAUCACCACAGAUAAUAAGACGUGUUGCCAAGGAGAUUCAUGAUUUAGCUAAUGACCCUCCAGAAGGAAUAAGGGUUAAUAUUAAUGAUGAAGAUGUAACUGACAUCCAAGCAUACAUUGAAGGCCCAGCUGGUACACCAUAUGCUGGUGGUGUGUUCCGUGUGAAGCUUGCUCUUGGGAAAGAUUUCCCACAAGCACCGCCAAAGGCUUUCUUUCUCACAAAGAUAUUUCAUCCAAAUGUUGCGAAAAAUGGAGAAAUAUGUGUGAAUACAUUGAAGAAGGACUGGAAGCCAGACCUUGGAAUAAAGCACAUAUUAUUGACAGUGAAAUGCUUGCUGAUUGUGCCAAAUGCAGAAUCUGCACUUAAUGAAGAAGCAGGGAAAUUGCUGCUUGAACAAUAUGAAUGUUACUCCCAGAGAGCAAAAAUGAUGACUGAAAUUCAUGCUUUGUCAUCGAAGAUGCCUAAACCUGGUCUGGAAGUUGGUGCCUCUUCCGGCGAUGGACCAAUGGCAAAGAAACAUGCAGGAGACAAAAAAGUGGCUGAAAAAAAGAAGCUGCUGAAAGAUAAGAAGAGAACUUUGAAAAGGUUGUGAAAUUAUUUUGCAAGAUGUAUGAUCUCACCACUUCAUCCUGAAAUCAGAAAUGAAAGUGGAUUGCAAUUUUGUACGUGUGUUGUCAACAAAGGAUUGUGUACUGACACUAAAAGCUCUAGACUGUCUACUUCUAUGGCAAAGUAAUCAAACAGUCCUGUUAAAAUGAUUUCUCGUGUGCAAGUGUCAUCACCAUCACCCCACCCCAAAAUAAAAACUUUUUCCUUGACUGUAAGCUCUAUCAAGUGUUAGUUGUUUGGCAACCCAGUUGUUUAGUGGCUUAGUGUAAAGUCCUUAUUUAUGUAUACAAAUUGUCUUGUAAAAUGUCGGUUCAGUGUAAAAUUUUAACGAUAAUUUUACGAUGCCAAGUUUUGAUACUGUCGUAAAAUUUCUGUUUUGCAUACAUUGAUUGCACAAAAUCUGAAACAAUGAAGCUUUGAAAAAAAAUAAGCAUUUUAAUGCAUCACAACUACAUGUUUUGCAGGUGUGAAUAAGUACUGAAAUGCUGUACUAGCUUUCUUUACUUCACUUAUUUAAUUACGUAUGUUGUUCCUUCAUUUGUUUGUGCUUGUGGUUUUGUACAUAUGUUGUAUUAGUUUGCACAGAAUAAUGUAACUAGAAUGUAAAUAAUGUGACUUUUAGUCUUAUGCAUUCUAAAGGUAUUACCUGCAUGAAAGAGACUGUAAAAUCAUUGUUACUCAUGUUUCCCCACAUCAACCACUGUCAUGCCAUCUUCUCAAUUUUAUCAUUAUAGCAUAUCUGUGGGAACACCCUUGGUUUGCCACUAAGAUUUUAAGUAAAGAUUUUGAAUUAAGUCUGA